AUGCCUAAGAAUGAUGGUUACUCUCGAUUGGAAGAGCAAAGUGAAAGGAUACCUUUGGAACUCGAGUUUGAGCUCGUAGAUUUUGAUGCAAAGCCUGGCGCAAGUGAUGAAACAGAAGAGAACGACAGUAAUGAAGCUAAAGCUAGCUCCAGUAAUUCAGCAAUUGAUGAAAGUAUGGUUAUAAACUUGCUCCGUGAUAAUGAUAAAAAAUCUACUAUGCGUUGGGCAUUUAUGAAUAUGGCUAAUAGCAUAUUGGGUGCGGGAGUGGUCGGGCAACCAUUCGCAAUUAGAAAUUGUGGUAUCAUUGGUGGGAUUUUAGCGUAUAUCAUCCUAGUAUUGUUGGUGGACUGGACUUUGCGUCUUAUAGUCAUUAAUUUGACACUUGCUGGCAAGAAAACAUAUCAGGAUACAGUGGAAUUCGCUCUGGGCCGAAAAGGAAGAAUAUUGGUACUUUUGUCCAAUGGAUUGUUUGCUUUUGGUGGUUGUAUUGGGUUUUGCAUCAUUAUAGGAGAUACGAUUCCUCAUUUUCUUCAAUCGAUCUUUCAUUCUUCGAAUUUUUUCUUUAGACGAAAUGUUGUAAUAACGAUUGUGACGUUAUUUAUCUCUUACCCACUUUCGCUACAGCGGAAUAUUGCAGCAUUGUCCAAAGCGUCGUUUCUUGCAUUGAUAAGUAUGGUGGUGAUUGUCUUUAGUGUCGUUGUUCAAGGACCUCGGGUCGAUAUGAGUUUGAAAGGUGACAAAUGGUCCUUGACAGAUAUAUUCAUAUCAUCAGCGAUCUUUCGCGGUAUAUCAGUGAUAUCAUUCGCAUUGGUCUGUCAUCAUAACACCAGCUUCAUUUUUUUCUCCAUCAAGAAUCGAAGUCUGCAGAAAUUUGCCAGAUUAACCCAUAUCAGUACAUUCAUAUCGAUGAUAUUUUGUAUGCUGAUGGGCUAUUCUGGCUAUUCUGUCUUUCGUGAUAAAACCAAAGGUAAUAUUCUCAACAAUUUCCCACAGGAUGAUCUAGUCAUUAAUAUUGCUAGACUUUGCUUUGGGUUCAAUAUGCUGACGACUUUUCCUCUAGAAAUUUUUGUUUUGAGAGAUGUGAUAGCAGCUUUUCUCUAUGGCAAGAAAGAGGAAGAUGAGACAGAAGCACCUCCGCUUUCGACAAGAAAGUUAUUCAUUAUCACGACUGUUUGCGUUGUUUCUACUAUGUCCAUUUCAUUGACCACUUGUAAUUUAGGAGCAUUAUUCGAAUUAAUAGGCGCUACUACAGCUUCUACAAUGGCAUAUAUCCUUCCCCCGUACACCAAUUUGGUUUUGUCUAAAGAGGCCAACACUUUCCGCCAGAAAGUUCCUCAUUAUCUUUGCAUCUUUUUUGGCUUCAUGGUGAUGAUCGUUAGCAGUACACAGACAAUCAUUGAAGUUGUCAAAGGCUCAGAUCAAAGGCAUUGUGAACUUUAG